CUCCCACAUGAGCCAAGCUUCAACCAGCGGUCUGGGCUUCAAUAUCCCUCUCACGGCCAUUCACGGACGUGGGGACAGCUCACCCUCAUCCAAGAGUCAAAUGUUGACACCCCCUCCGUCUAACGAUCUGGACUCGGCCUCGCCCCGCACAGAUGUGAGUUGGCCCUCGGACGAGGAACCCAACGACCUGCUGCUGGAGAAGCCCAAGCCAACCAAGAAACGCUCAAACUCGAGCACGUUCUCGACCGAGGGCAUGAGUGCUGAGGCCAUCAAGCAGCACAAAGCUCAACGUCGACGAGAACAAGUGCGAGCUGCUUCACGACGAUGUCGCGAUCGCCAACGCAAAGAGACUGAGGACCUACGCACCAAAGUCUUCCAAUUGGAAGAGUUUAUCGCUCAUACUAGACAAGCCCACGAGUGGGAAAUGAGGCAACAGCACGACCGAAUUCAAAUGUUGCAACGUGAGAACGAGUUGCUGACUCAACAACUUGCAGCCGCGACUGUAGUUACCGACAUUGAACCGGUACCGCUGGACAAGCUGGACGAUACUCCACUACCCGAUGAUCUUGUGCACUGUAUUAGUGACGAUACACCACGUCAGUGGAGUGAGGAGCUGGUGUAUCACGCAGUGGAGGACACUACUGGACAACUGGUGACAAUGCUGGAGUCAGAGGUGGAGCCUGUCAAGUCUCCCGUAAUUUUUGGAUGGCAAUUCGAUUUUUGGUGUCAAGGCGACAAAUAUUACGGUCGUAACCGUAAAUUCUUCCCUGGUGUCACUGCAUUGGAACUGGGUAAACGUAUGCAGAUGGUGGACCCACAGCGAUACAUGGAUACGUUUCCCGAGGUCAAGAAGAUGGAAAUUCUCCAAGUAUUUGAUGAAAAUACAUUAGUGAUGAGGUUAGUGAAGGCGUUGCCUGGCAAAACCUUCACUCAAGCAGUGAACGCUCGGUUCUUGGCCGCCGCCACACCGCCUACCGGUUCUACCAGCCGCUGGGUGUAUGCCGACCGCACGAUUGAUGAGCCGACGGACGGGGAGUAUGCACUGGAGAAUGAGUGCAAUGGCUAUGUGUUUGAGGACACGACGCAAGAAUUGAAUGAUGGUACGCGUGUCCAGGGCUGCCUGGUUCAAGGAGUUGGCGAGUUCGAAAGCGGCGGACUGGGAUGCAGUGAGCUGCUCGAAGAACUGGCCAAGGCGUUCUCCUCGGUAGUUAUUCGAUGGGAAAGUCUCUUUAUCAACGACUUUAUCCCGGAUGAUGCCGACGAGUUCGCCGAUAUGGUCCUAGAUCUUUGAGGAGUUGUGGUGUUCAUGUACGAUCGAUGCAGUAUAUUUGUAAUUCACGUAAUUUAUCUUGGGCUCGUUGUGUGUCA